AUGAGUAACGCGGGUGGCCAAAAAGAAGGGGCGAACAGCGAAGAGGAGGAGAAAAAGAAAGGUAGGCCGGGGGCAGUAGCAGCGUUAGGGAGGGAUAGGAGGCAUAGCCUGGGAUCGGCGACGGUGCUAGACUUAUGGAAGAGAAAGCGGGAGGAGGAAGGGGAAAAAGGGGAGGAGGAGGUAGACGGGUUGCAGGAAAGAGAAAGAGUAUUUGGGAAAAGCAGGAAAGUGCACCGGUCGCCGGAGGGUAAGACAGGGGAGGAAGGGAAGGCAGAGGGAGGGGGUAUACAAGAUAUGCUAAGGUUGAUUAGGGAAGAGCUAAAGAUAGGUCUAGAGGAGGUCAAAGGGCAGGGAAGGGGGAUCAGGGAAGAAAUGGAAAAGAUUAAAGGCGAAAUGACUAGAAGGGAAGAGCAGUGGGAAGUAGAGAGGGGGGAGAUGAAGGAAAUGAUAAGGGAUCUAGGUAAAAGACUAGAAGAGGUAGAAGAGCGGAGAGGGGGGGAGAUGGAAAGGGUAAAGGAGAGGCUGUUAGAAUUAGAAAAGAAGAGUGCAGAAGGAGGGGGAGAAAGGCAGGUACAGGGGAAUGCGGAAGUGGCGCAGGUAGCAAUAGAUAGAUUAAAAGAGAUGGAGUGGGCCAUAGAGAGGAAAGAAAGGAAAGAAAGAAGGGGAAAUAUAGUAGUGAGAGGAGCGAGACUUGAGAAGGGAAGAGAAAAGGAAGAGUUGAAAAAGAUUUUGCAGCUGAUAGGGGUAGAGGUCGAGGUAAAGGAUAUGUGGGAGGUAGGCGCGAAAAAGGGGGGAGAAAAGGGGAUAUGGAUAGCAAGACUAGGAAAUAGGGAGCAAAAGAAGCAGGUAAUGGGAAGAAAAAGCCUACUCAAAGGGAGGGAGGAAAGAAUAGACGAGGAUCUCACCUGGGCAGAGAGAAAAAUGAAAUGGAAGUUGAGGGAGAUAGCAGCUAGUGAGGAGAGAAGGGGAAACAGAGUGAGAAUAGGGUAUGCAAGGAUCUGGAUAGAAGGGAAAAUGUGGAAGUGGGAUGAGAUAGGAGAGGUGCUUAGAGAUGGUACAGGGAGAGCGAGGGAAGGGGGGCAAAGGGAGGGGAGGGGAAAAGUAGGGGAAAGCGAUAGGGAAAGGUCAGCAAGCGAGGAAAGACAAGAGGGAAGUACAGAAGCACAGGGAAGGGUACGUAGUGAAAGGCAGUCGGGGGAAUGGGUAGUGGGGGGGGACAGAGGCAGGUGGGGAGGGAGAUAA